GCUUCAUCCCUAGGCCUAUAGUAGCCGACUCACAUAGCAACGGCUGCAACUCCUCAAGCAAGUCUCCAACGCAUCCCGAAUCCCGAAUCCCGCAUCCGCCGAGUCGCAGACCUCCCCAGGGCCCAGCGACCACCGUCUAGGGACGCCAGCCGCUACCGCAGCCCAGCACCGCACGUCCGUAGUCCUCCAGUCCGCACCAGUGCACCUCGAGUCUACCGUCUGCGCCUCUACGGCCUCUGCCAGUCCGCACGAGGGUCACUAUCCCAACGCCGUUCGAUGUCAGAUUCGUCUGCAUAACUACUCGAACCUUUGAUUGUGUUGCGUACAGGUCUAACUCAGAGAAGACAAAAGUAAUGACGACACCGUUAAUAGCAGGAGUUGCUAUUGCAGCAGCUGCUUGUGCAGGUAGGUAUGGUAUUAUUGCAUGGCAAGCUUUCAAGGCAAGACCACCGACUGCAACAAUGCGUAAAUUUUAUGAAGGAGGUUUUGAACCUAAAAUGACAAGAAGGGAAGCAGCUCGUAUUCUCGGGGUCAGAGAAAGCACUCCACAAGAUAAAGUGAAGGAAGCUCAUAGGAGGGUGAUGGUGGCUAACCACCCAGAUGCAGGCGGUAGCCAUUAUCUUGCAUCCAAAAUUAAUGAAGCAAAAGACAUUCUUCUUGGAAAGUCCAAAAGCAAUGGAGGGUCUGCAUUUUGAUUUAGCGGUCAUACUCUUUUGAAAGACCUACUUAACAAAGAAAUCUAUAUCCAUGGCGUUGGAGACCAUCAUCAUCUCUCCUCCAGUUAUAUACUGAAAAUUUAUUAUGUUGUAGCUUCAAGAAUUAAUUACUACGUAAAGUGAUUCUUGAUUCACCAAGAUUCGAGUAUAUUAGUAUUUAUGUUUAAUGCAUUUUGUACUCGAUGUAUCACUUGCAUUUCAAUACAAAUCACAAUUUCCUAGUAGUAUUGUAGUAACUUGUAAGAACGGAAAAUUUUGUAAACUCUCGAUGUAUCAAGAGCGUUGUUCAGGUUUAUAUUUAAAAAUUUUGGAAUUUUA